AUGAUUGAUCUUUUGUCAAAUCGUCACCGAAAAAGCCUAAAAUCAGCUAUAAUUUGUUAUAGUGGUAUGAUUCCAUAUAUGCACAAUGGCUCAAUUAUAUCGUUGCUAUAUCAUCACGCUGUAGCAGCUAUAUCUUUUCCAUGUUGGACAGUAUUUGAUCAAUACGUCAUUACUUCUCGCAAUGCUGGUUUUAGAAAUCGAUGGAGUUCAGUUCGUGUUGCUCGAUGGAUAAUUGUUUAUUUACCCAUUAUCUUUGUUAGUGGUAUUAUUGAUGGUGUUUGUGUUUUACAAAAUGGUACAUUUACUCUAUUUAAUACUUAUUUCUUAACACCAUUUGUAUAUAGUGUGGGGCCAUUACUCAUUAUGACAGUAUGUACAUUGAGUACUCUACGAAAUCUUCGUUCAAUACGUAGUUUCAGACAACAAGGUUAUUUAACUAGACAAGCUCGUCGAAUGCUUAUUCCUCAAGUGAUUGUUUUAGGUGUAUCUAGAAUUCCAUUUGGUUUUCAAAGUAUUUAUCUUGAAUUAACUAAAGAAAUUUAA